ACCAAGCUCACCAGAGGAAAGACAACAGAAAUACCCAUGUUCGGGCCCCUGACCUGGGGUUGGAAGAACUUCCUGCCCAGUGCAACUCUGCUCUCCAUGAGAAGCACCAGCAGUGUGGCCAAUAGUAGUCUCAAACUGAUCAACAAAGUCGCAGUGGUCACAGGAUCCACAAAUGGGAUUGGCUUCAGUAUUGCCAGGCGUCUGGCCCAGGAUGGGGCCCACGUAAUCAUUAGCAGCCGGAAGCAGCAAAAUGUGGACAAGGCUGUGGACACACUACAGAGGGAAGGACUGAGUGUGGUGGGCACUGUGUGUCAUGUGGGGAAAGCUGAAGACCGGGAGCGACUGGUAGCCACGGCCCUGAAACACUGUGGGGGUGUGGACUUCCUGGUGUGCACAGCAGGGGUCAACCCCUUUGUUGGAAGUACCUUGGGGAGCAGUGAGCAGGUCUGGGACAAGAUCCUGAGUGUGAAUGUGAAGGCCCCAGCCCUGCUGUUGAGCCAGUUGCUGCCCCACAUGGAGAACAGGGGACAAGGUUCUGUGGUCCUGGUCUCCUCAGUUGCAGCUUAUGUUCCACAUGCUAAGCUGGGGGCCUACAAUGUCAGUAAAACAGCCCUGCUGGGCCUCACCAAGACUCUGGCAGUGGAGCUUGCACCGAAAAACAUUCGGGUAAACUGCCUAGUACCAGGAUUUAUCAAAACAGACUUCAGUCAAGUGGUAAGUACAGAGAAGAGCUUCUACCCAGACUUUGAGGAAUAUUGGAAGAAAAUAUUUGGAAUGCAGAGAGUGGGGAAACCUGAGGAAUGUGCAGGACUGGUGUCCUUCCUGUGCUCCCCAGAUGCCAGCUACAUCACCGGCGAGAACAUUGUGAUAGCCGGUUUUUCCCCCCGCCUCUGA